AUGACUACGUGGAAAUGCGGGUAUAUAAGCAGUCACUCGCACUUGGUAUGGCAUCAUCUUCCCAACAUGAAGCUCCUAGAAAUCGUGACAGUCGGCGGCUACGGCUGCUCCGAGGGGCAGGUCCUGGGUCCCGACGGGAACUGCGCCACGCCCAUCAUAACGAGGAACGUGUUCGUGUACACCGCCCCCGAGCAGCCGCCCGUGAACUUCCCCGCCCCCUACAUCCCUCCCCCCGAGGUGCAGCACAACAUCCUGUUCAUUCGCACGCCCGAGAAGGCGGCCAGCCCCGAGCCCAUCGUGAUCCCUCCGCCGCGCCAGCAGAACAUCGUCUACGUGCUCAACAAGCAGCAGGCGGAGGGCCAGAAGGUCAUCGAGGUGCCGAGCGACGGCCCGCAGACGCCCGAGGUCUACUUCGUCAACUACGAGGAGGGAGACAACCCCAUCCUUCCCAGCGGCUUCGACCUCCAGACGGGGCUCCAGGCGGCGGCCAAUGGUGGGGGCCAGGUCCUCGGAGGCGCAGGAGGUGGCGGCGGAAUCGGCAUUGGAGCUGGAGGUGGCGGCGGCGGCGGCGGAUACAGCGCCCCUGCUGCUCCCGCUGAUAGCUACUCUGCCAUCUAA